AUGGAAACCAGCCCCGCACCGAAAAGCCUGUUUGUUCCUUCUGAAACCUACGUGAGCACAGAGACUGUAAACUUCGUCGAGAUUAUCAUCGACUUUUUCAUCAACUUUGCCAUCUCUUGCAUGGGCGUGGUCACCAACAUCCUAGUCAUCGUCGUCUUUAUUAAGCAAGGCUUCAGAGACAGCGUCAGCGUUUCCAUGACUACCAUCGCGGCCUGGGACUUGCUGAAAUGUUGGAGCGGUGCCCUGCAGAGACUCGUGGGUCCCAUGGAGCUUCUGUACCCGCGAGAAGCUCACAGCUGGAGAAAUAUCUCGCACAUAGUGCUGAGUCACACCAUUACGUUUUCCACCUACGUGACUAGCGCCCUAGCGGCGUACGUGGCUGUGGAGAGAUGUCUCUGCGUCUGUUUCCCCCUCCACGUCAAGUGGCUGCUCACCAGGAAAAUCUCCACCUUCAUGUGCAUCACCAUUUCCGUCGUAGUCUUCGGCAGUUUUUGCGUCAUGUUUGGAGCCUAUGACUUAGUCUGGGUUUGGAACGCUCGAUUUAACGGCACUGUGGCUAUUUAUAGGUACAGCUCAUUUGCCUUGGCCAAUGAAGGACAUCUGUUUCCGUACUACAAAAUGAUUGGGAUAGUGUGGCCCUUCCUCAGUUUUGGCGUGAUCACAUUCUGUACGUGCGUUAUCUCACAGCGUUUGUACCAGGCAUCCAGUUUCCGCAACAAACAAAAGCACACUGAUCUCAAACAUUGCGUCCGUCUUAACCGACAUGACGGUGAAAGAUGA